AUGGACACCAUUUAUCUCGAUCCAAGAAAUAAUCAUAUCUAUCAAGUUGUUGAAAAGCGUGUCAACAAUUCGCUGUUGAAAGUAGCGUAUAAUUACGUUGGAAAUGAAGAAGCGGUUGUGUUAGAUGAUGUUCCAGAUUCCAUGUUUAGACUAGAAAACCCAAUCGAGGUUAAUCCAUCGAAACUAUUAAAAGGCAGAAUAUUGUCUUUGGAAAACAAUACCAGUCUAUUAUGCGGCAUCAACAUAAAUCACUAUAAAAGGAUUAAAGAAAUGAUAGGCGAUAGUUGCUAUGAAACAAACGAUACCAUUUAUUCAUUACAUUAUGGUUGUAUAUCUGCCAAAGACUUUGAUCAGGAAGCUAAUACGUUAUGUCAGUUUGUGUGGUAUUGUUGGUCAAGUGUGUUGUAUCGACCUCGUAAUUGCUAUCAUUUGUUGUUUAAUGGUUUUCUCAAGGAGCUUAUUGUGCAACGAUCGUGUGGUUCUAAACUGAGCACAAUAUCCUUUUCGUUGACAUUUCUUGGAGCAUGUCAAACAGACAAAAUGAGUUGCGUUGAAGCAUUGGAUUAA